CGAUAUGUCGGCAGAGGGAGGACCCGGAGACAUUGACGUUGUUCCAGGCUGUACGAGAAAAAAUACUUCUCAUUAGUGCAGCAGUGAGCUAUAGAGCAAAGAAUGGGAAGCAGUACACACGGUGUUUGGUGUGCUGAAAGCCCGGCUGUCUCAAGCGAACACCGAUUUUUGCUGUUCCGCGGGAUAUUCAACAGGGACUAGCUUCGGGAAAGCGAGUAAGCUAGCAGCACAGGCUAGCUUCGCAGAGAGCUAGCUGCCUUGUUAUUGUGGCCCGAAACGAACCUUCCAGCUAGCAUCCGUCAGAGGAACACACGGGAAAAAUGGUGUACUUGUUAAAUCCUAUAGAGAACCUGAGAAGCUACAUCAACAACCGUCCACCUCUGGUCAUUUUUAUGAUCAGUGUAAGUGCAGUGGCCAUCGCCUUCCUGACCAUUGGUUAUUUCUUCAAGAUUAAAGAGAUCAAGUCUCCAGAGUUGACCGAGGACUGGAACACCUUUCUGUUGCGCUUCAAUGAGCUGGACUUUUGCGUGUCAGAGAAUGAAACGAUAAAGCACGGCCUGAACGAGUCAACCACGCCGGAGAGCAUGGUGGUGACUAGCGGCCAGGCUCGUUCCAGCACUCAGGUUCCCCUACUGCUGGAGGACUCGGGGCCCAUUAACAUCUCAGUCCCCAUCACCCUCACGCUGGACCCUCAGCGUCCAUUUGGAGGGUAUUCUCGCAAUAUCACCCACCUGUAUGCCACGGUGCUGGGGCAGCAAGUAGGCCUCUCAGGCCGAGAAGCUCAUGAAGAAAUAAACAUCACGUUUACUCUGCCCGUAUCCUGGAACUCGGACGACUGUGUUCUGCACGGUCACUGCGAGCAGGUGGUGUUCAGCACUUGCAUGACCAUCACAGCGGCCAGCAAUAUCUUCCCAGUCACAGUGCAGCCACCACACUGCGUGCCAGAGACGUACACCAAUGCCACAUCUUGGUACAAGGUGUUCACCACAGUCCGCGACUCAGAUACCAAGUACAGUCAGGACUACAACCCCUUCUGGUGUUACAAAGGAGCCAUUGGCAAAGUGUACCACGCACUCAACCCAAAACUUACCGUGAUUGUUCCAGAUGACGACCGUUCCCUCAUCAACCUUCACCUGAUGCACACUAGCUACUUCCUGUUUGUCAUGGUCAUCACUAUGUUCUGCUAUGCAGUCAUAAAGGGGCGGCCUGGCAAAGUGCGACAAACCAACCCUGACUUCUGUCCUGAGAAGGUACAACAGACACCAGCAGUGCUAUAUGACUUCAACAGGUGGCGUUGUCAGAGGGUUAAAAAGACAUCAGAGAAUGGCAGGACUUACCUGUAACAUGGACAAAAUUAAAGAAAGAGAAGAAAUUAAUUAAAAAAACAAAAACACGACUUACCAGUUGCCUAGUGGACCCUGGAAAUACAAUAAGGGACACAAAAGCUCUGUGAAUGCAUUACUCUUGCAAUGUUGGGUUUCUCCAACCAAAGAUAUACAAGUGCCUGUAUCUGUGGUGUAAAUAUUUCUAGGAAGUCUUUGGUUUUUUUUUUCCCUUUUUGUUUUUUCUUUUGUUUUUGCCUGAGCCCCCCAGUGCCAUGUCCAAACAUGCAGUACAGAAACAAAGCAGAAGGCCACAUCCAAGAGCUACUUCUUUUUUCUGGUGGUGAUUAGGUCUCACCUUAUCAAGCAUGAGAGACAGAAGUGUUUUAUCAAAGUGGUAAAUGUUUAGAUAUCUUAAGGUCAACUGUAAGCAAAGUGGUUUUGUCACCCUGAUAACAAAGCGUGAUGUUUAAUUACUUGGAACAUGUUUAAGGAAACAGAAAAGCAGGUAAAUAAUGAUUAAAUCCUCAGCGUGUGCUCACCAUAGCAGCUUAAGCGAGGAAUGGAAUAAAGUAGCACUUUUCUCUGCACCAAAUUUGAUGGUUUAAUUAAAAUUCUAGUUAGAAUCGGGUUCUUUAAAGUCCAUUCAGACAUCUAAGUGACAUUUAAGUGAUUUAAGAAUUUCACAUCUUCCUUUUACGAACUGCUUUUGAUUAGCAGUUAAAGAAUUACCAGAACUUCCUGUUGUUUGUUGUUGAAAUUUGUCACAUAUUCUUUUCUUCUUCUUCGUUUUUUGGCCUUAUGCUUUCCUCUGUCAGUUGCUUCUUCACUCACCUGCCUCUUGAAUUUAAUUUGCUGCCAGUCACUGUGCAGCAGUUUUGAUGUUUGAUCCAGUCCUCUCUGUCACACCCAGGAGAUACAGAACAAUUGAUCUUGCCUUACCUACGGUGGACUUGCUUGCUUGAAAAUAGGCGUGGGUCAUCACUUUUGUCCCUUUCCCCACAUUAACUCUCCGCCCCUUUCUUCCACAGCCAAAUAUCACAUUUUAUUUGUACUGGUAUGAUGAGCCUGCGGUUUGAAAUCAAGCUUGUGCUCUUUGUCCUGUUAUUGUAAAUGUCAGGUGACCCUUGAGUUACUUUAUAUUAGACACUUUAGUUACUUCACCUUUUCGAAAUGAUAAAUUAUAUGAGUUGCACAUGUUCAAGUGUUUUCAUAGAUAGUGCACCUUUGGAUGUCUUGCACAUUUUGUUAUUAUUUCCUGUGAUUAUUUCUUUUUAUGUAAAUAAACUAAUUGGACUCUAUGUAAAAAUAAAUAUGAUUAUUAUGCUGCUGCUCAGAUGUUUACAAUAAGCAUCCUUGUUUGUUUUAAAGAAAAGUUUUCGUCUAAUAUAAUGUGAAAUGAUAAAAAAUACUGUAAAUCAUUUAGUGAAUCCUUUGGUUAUAAAUAACUUAUCGUUUUUAAUACAUCUAUGUAGGUGUUCAGAGGCCCAAUUUCAGCAACCAUUACUCCUGUGCUCCUGGGACUCCAUAUAUUAGCAAAUGCAAGUUUAUCAUGGUAGAAGUUUGAUGUUUCCAUUAUAUGUAAGGCAUCAGUCGCAGAGUCAUAGAACCUGAAAAUAUGUGUACUCCGACUGGUUGGCAAGUGGUUUCAGGAAGCUGCUGGCUGAUGAUCGCAAAGGAGUGCUGCACCAGAACCUGGCAGAUCGCUUUGGUCUGCUAUAGCUUACAUGAAAUAGUCAGAUAUCACAAGGUGCAGCUUUUAUUUUGACGGUGGACUGUUUCCAUUUUCAGUUUGCAUCACACUGUUUGGUUUCACUACCAUUUGGCAGUUAGUUGGCAAGUGUUUACAGACAUGUUGUUGUUCUCCAUGCAAACUACAGGCCAUUCUUUGACUCUGCUUGCAACCAGUAAUCGCAAGGUAGUUUUUGGUGUAGCACUGUAUACCUUGGUCCAGUUUCACCUAAUGACAGGCAGCCUCAGGCGAUCAUUUGCUAACCAAUAAAAGAAUACACAUUUUUCUCUGGCAGCCAGUGGUUAACGAAGGUCGCUGACCCCUCUUUCAUACAACGGUGUGCACUACUCCCCCUAGAGGACAACUUAAAAUGCCUCCAAGCAGAAGAGAAAGAAGUAGGAGGGGUUGGUUCACUGAUGAGUACAUCAGAGUUUGAGAAACCCUGAAUAGGCAGUUUCAUUCAAUGUGUUUUUGUAAGUGAGGUGCUGCUGGUCUCUGAAGGGAGUAGUAAACACCAAUGUUUGUGGCCUAUUGCCACAGGAAAGUUCUUAAAACAGGAACACUGAGUUUCAGAAUAAAAUUGUUUUUUUUUAAGGAGGCAUCCAAAGCACUCGACUAGCCAAAUAUGUUGCUUCUUUAGAUCCAAAACUCAGUGUGGUCAUGAAUGUAUAACAAACACUCGUCGUUUUACCAGGAUAUACUUUCAUUUGAGAAUACUUUAUACCAUCAGAACAGAGGGACUAUUGCAACAUUUCUCACCAUUUUUUUUUUUUAAUUGUAACAAAUAUAAAUAUGAAUUAAAUACGAAUGUACUUUUCUUUCAAAAAACAAGGACAAACCUUUGAGCAGCAGUGGGAAUACCAUUAUCAUAUUUAUCCAUUUAUUAUAUAUUAAUUAUUAAACUAACAUUUGUAUUAUUUUGAAUGACAUGAAACUGUGCAAAGACUCAUUUUGUGUGUGAAUGCAUGAGAGUGAGUUUUGGAUGAAGUGUAGCUGCAGACUGCAAUUCUCUGAAAUCUCGUUCCGAGCGUCUGAUUUUUGAAAAGGAUUCCGUCGCAGAGACAAAACAAGCCACCUCCCCCGACUUCCACCUGCAAAACUUUCAAUCUGUUGUUGCUGUUUGUUUGCGUUUCUCUCUGAGAGCAGCACAGCUCACAUAUUAGAUCUGCAAAAACAAAAAGACAGUGCUGUAUUUCUGCUGGUUUAUUGCAUUGGUCUGUGUCCAGAGAACUGAGUAAAAACCUUCUUACAGUCUUAACAGAAUAGAAGUAAAGAUUGCCUGUUUGUAAUUACGUAUUUUGUUUCCUUUUCAAUAGCAAUUACCGAUACAUUUAACUUACCUCUGCUAUAUUUUUGCUCCAUAAUUGAUGUACCUGUUGAAUGUACUGUUUUUAUAAGCAGCGUAAUCUAAAUCUGAGAUGCAAGAAUUCCAAGUGAUUCAAAAUAUGUUAUAUAAAUAUAUAAUUUUUUUUUCAGUUUGGGAGGCUUUACUUGAAUUGUGUUGUUUUGAUUGGUUUUCAUAGUGUAAGGUUUUCCCGUCAUGUUGUUGUAUGAAACGCUGUACUUAACAUUUGCGUUUUUCGUGUGUAUGUCAGUGAAUGACUGAUUUUGGUUGUAAUGGUUACGAUACCCCCCUAAACAUACACACAGAAAAUGAUGCUAGAAAAAGUCUUCCUAAUUCUAUUGUUCAGAUGAUGAGCAUGGAUCUGUUGCAUUCUCUCAUCCAUCUAUUGUGUUCCCACCUGCUUUUGUUUUGUUUGUUUGUUUUUGUUUUCUUCUUUUGGAAGAUCUGGCAGCUCUUAUUGGUCUGUUUGGGUAUGGAUGGGUAGCCGGGAUUGAUUUAAAGGAACUUGAAGUUGUGAAUGAAGCUGUCUUAACACGUAUCACUUGCAUUUACCGGCUUCAUAUCCUUUUCUGUGCGAUUUUCACUUCCCUCCCUUGGGUUAAAUUUGCAUCUCUGACUGCAAAAAAUGCCUUAACAUUGUCUUUGCUUCAUCUAUCACAUAUUGUAAAUCGCACAGGAAAAACUAAAGCAAAUCUUAACUAUUGUGAAGUGUACAUUUAAAGGAUUUUAAAGGAGCAGAUGCUUGCUGUUGUAGUUUUCAAAUUACUCCACUAUAUCACUAAUGACGUGAAAACAGUUGCGCCAUAUUCACCUUAAGUUGCACCAUGUCGCUGUGUAUGGAGGACUGAAACUGCCAAAAAACAACAACAAAGCUCAGCGAUGGAAGGUCUUAGUCAUGCAGUUUGCUGAGAAAAAAAACAAGGAAAUUUGAGAUGAAAUUGGUUGCAAAGACUUAUACGGUGCUGCAUUACAAACCUUGCGAUUGCUUUGGACCCUAAUAGAUUGCCACAGUUGCCCAUAUCUUAGAGGGAAGAUGCAAACUUGCCACCUUACUGCUGGGUUUCUUACCAACCACAACAGGUUGCAGCGGUAAGGCAACUAAAGCAAUUGAAAGGUUUUCAGUGGAGUUUGCAAUCGAUUGUACCUCCCGAUUGCCAGCAACCACUUGCCAACCAGUCAGGGAAUGCAAAUUUUUCCCUAGCGACUGGACGGUUGCCAUUCCUUUGCCGACCAGUUUCCACGCCUUUGUCACAUCUAGAUGCUGCCUGAUUGGAGGGAGCUGUUUGUGCAGAAAGUUUACCUAGUAACACACAAUGUAUGACUCCUUCAGAUGUAUAUUAAAGCAAAAAUGGCUAAAAAUAAAAAAAGUAAAUUAUGAAACGGGUGACAAAUAAAAAAUACAAAUAAUAUAAAUGGAAAAGCAAAAAAGAGUGAAAUUAAUUCAAAGAAUACAAAAUUUAAACAAAUCAGCACAUUUAACUAAACAACACCUACAUUCAUUUUAAUUUGUUUUAUCUGUGCUGUCGGCAGUUUCAGUCUACCAUACCAGUGUUGUGUGUUUUUUGCUAUGACAUGACUCCAAUAAAAGGUGCCCUUCCUCCUCUCUGUCAUCCUUUUUGUCAUGUUAGCAGCGCUUACAGGCAAAUAUUAAGCCAACUCUGUGCCUUCUGCACUGUCGAGCUGCAUCCUCCUCCCUGUACAUACAGUAGAUAGGACCAUAGGUUUUAAUGUGGCUAGGAUGUCAUUCAGACCCUUUUCCUCCCCAGUGGAACUGCUGUAAAUGAAUUCAAGUUUAAAUAAACUGUCUCUGAAGUUCAA